AUGAACGGGAGGAAGCGUACGCGAAAAAUGUAUCCUACUGAAAAGAAACGGGGUUUAGGCCAAAAAGAAGAAGAAAAAUUGGGUAUCAAAGUUUCAAAAACUAAGCCAGAUUGGUUAACUUUACCAGAUCUUGCUAUGGUUCGAAUUUUAGAGCAUCUAGAUAAGACUUCCCGGUCUAAUUUUGCGUUGACUUGUAAAAGAUUGGAAGAACUCUCCCAUUCGCCAAGUCUUUGGAGAGUGGCCAAUCUUGACUUUGUAAAUCGCAAACAUGCUGUGAGUGACUAUCGUGUAGUGUGCAACCAUGCGAAAUACCUUCACCAUCUGCAAGUCUUUGGAAUGAGGAGUACAACCCGCCCACGGACCUUGGAAGACCAAGAAGAAACAGUCACGAUGAGAUUCUUACCCAAUUUUCUGAGGAAAUACAUCACUCAGGCCAGGCUCAAAAGUAUCUUCCUUAGCGACGUCAAUGUGGAUAAGAAUUUUCAUAAACCUGUAUCGUUUGUAAAGAGUCUGAAAGCGGUUCUCUCCACUCAAUGCAAUUUAGUGGUUGUCCAAUUGUCUUCUCUCAGAGUUCAGUAUCACCAUGGAAUUGCUCUUCUUGGUGCCCUGGCGACGACGAACGGCUCCACCCUCUCCUCUCUGAACAUCUUUAACUUCUUUGUGUCGAACGUGUCCACCCUCGGGAGCGAAUUCAACUCCAUCAUCGAAAAGUUCAGUAAGCUGAAGGAGUUCUUCGUAAACUACAACUGCCUCGACGAUGGUGCUAUUUCUGCCUUGGCUGAGAGUGAGACGUCAUCCAAGACCCUGCAACUCCUGUCCGUGGAUGUUUACGGGUGUGAACCACACGACCACGUCAUCAGCACAUCCACUUGGAGACAAUUCAAGGCCGCCUGUCCGAGAACGAAGGUCACCUUUGACCUGGAUGAGAUUGAGCGAUACCAUGACUUCAUCUCCAUUCUAACGCCAGGAAUGCCCCUUCACACAUUGAAACUCUGGACUGGUUAUGACAUAGAGGACGAAGCUCGAUUGCCAGCAUUGUUUGUGCACCUAGCUGAAAACUUCAACGAUGUCAUUGAAAGCGCUACAUUCCAAGUUGACAAUUCCGCCACGCCUAUUGACGCCGAGUUACUCUUCUUCGUUCAGCAAUGCAAGAGGCUCUCAGGCAUCGAGCUCUUCGCCAUCCUGGGCGUUGAUGUCAUUGAACGCAUUUGCAGACUGCAGCAAACAAAGAAAAUACACCUGGAGAAGUUCCACGUCACCCUGAACAGCGCUACGGCCGCGGAGGCAGUGGACUUGAUGUUGGUGGAAGAUGCCUACGCGGACAUGCUGUAUGAUCCGGACGACUGCCUCGACUUCGAAUUCUCCACAGACGCAGACGGCGCGAUUUUCUCUGACAGUGAUGUGACUAUCGACGACGAAUGA